CUCCCUUCCCUCGUCCUCUUCCCCUCGUCGUAUCCGUCCCUCCGUGUCGUUUGCUCGUGCCAUCUCAAAGAGAGAUUGCAUUUGAAUUAAUUAAUAGUAAUGCCUGAUCCAGCACAAAAGUCAAAACAUGCACAUGCAGCCUCCCAGGGUCAGCCUGCGCCGCGAAAGGUCCGGUUCAACGUUGGCACACAGUAUCAAGUUCUCGAUGUUGUGGGCGAAGGCGCGUACGGAAUUGUGUGUUCAGCCGUUCACAGGCCAAGCGGCCGGAAAGUCGCAAUCAAGAAGAUCGCGCCCUUUGAUCACUCAAUGUUCUGCCUCCGAACACUACGGGAACUGAAGUUGCUCAAGUUCCUCAGUGAAUCCGGCGUUAGCGAAAACAUCAUCUCUAUUCUUGAUAUUAUCCGCCCCUCUUCAUUCGAAGCCUUCAAAGAGGUCUAUUUAAUCCAAGAACUUAUGGAAACAGACAUGCACCGCGUCAUCCGAACUCAGGAUCUUUCUGAUGAUCACGCACAGUAUUUCAUUUACCAAACUUUACGAGCCCUCAAGGCACUUCAUUCGGCCGACGUGAUCCAUCGUGACUUGAAACCUUCCAAUCUACUCCUAAAUGCCAAUUGCGACCUGAAGGUCUGCGAUUUUGGUCUAGCCCGCUCCGUGAAGACCGCCGAGCCAAGUGGCACCGAGACUGGAUUUAUGACGGAAUAUGUGGCGACGCGGUGGUACCGAGCUCCAGAGAUCAUGCUGACAUUCAAACAAUAUACUAAGGCCAUCGACAUUUGGUCUGUUGGUUGCAUCUUAGCCGAGAUGCUCUCCGGGAAACCUCUAUUCCCGGGACGUGACUACCACCACCAGUUGACCUUGAUUCUUGAUGUUCUCGGGACGCCGACACUCGACGAGUUCUACGCGAUCACGACCAGGCGAUCGCGAGAUUAUAUCCGGGCUCUUCCGUUCCGCAAGCGACGACCCUUCGCUACUCUGUUCCCGAAUGCUUCACCACUUGCGAUUGAUUUCCUAACGAAAACCUUGACCUUUGAUCCCAAAAAACGCAUUACGGUAGAAGAAGCGCUUGCGCACCCUUACCUCGAGGCAUACCAUGAUCCGGACGACGAACCAGAAGCUCCGCCGCUCGACCCCGAAUUCUUCGAGUUCGAUCUCCACAAGGAUGACAUCUCGCGCGAACAGUUGAAGCAGCUUCUGUAUGAAGAGAUCAUGUCUUUCCGCCCCCAGCCUAUUACAUGAUGUUAUGAUGGGUUAAAUGAAUCACGAGGAAAUAGACGGGUGAAUUAUCAGGCAAGACAAGAUGGAAGGAAUGCAUGAAUACGGACAGACUCUGUCGCUGCGGCUGGCCGAGUGGCAGCACUUUGGAUUGGUUAAUUUUUUGCAGUUCCCACAUUAUAUUUCUCUUCUGGCUUCGCGGAUACCUAUUUGAAUUGCAUUCGUGGCUGGUACAUAAGCAAGGAGGAGCUGUGUCAGAGUCGUUUGUGUCGGUCACAUAUCUUGUCAUUUCUCAGCUGUUAUUUUGAUUCUCUGUUUCGUGCUCCUUGCUUUCCUGAUAAAAUAUGUAUAAACUGUAAAACAUACUAUUGCCGCGCAUCAUCUCAAUUCAUUCUUAUUGGUGCAAUGUCAUUGAA